AUGACCGACAAGUUGGAUUAUGCCCUUGAUUUAAUGCGCCGUCUUCCACCACAAAAGGUCGAGGACAACUUGCAGAUGUUGAUCGACUUGUGUCCCGAUUUGACCGAUGAGUUACUUUCCGCGACUGAUCAACCUCUUAAAAUCGUUGAGGAUACACAAGAGAAACGUUCUUUCCUUAUUUGCGAUUACUGCAGAGAUGGGGACUCAUACCGUUCUCCUUUUUCGAACACAUACUUCCCACCAUUCCCAGAAGGAAACAAACCCUCUGCUGAGCUCAGAAAUUUGGAGAAAGAUCUCAACGAAGCGUUUAAUAUGUACAGAGAAAUGUACUACGAAGGUGGUGUUCAUUCCGUUUAUGUCUGGGAGAAUGAUAACGACGGGUUUGCUGUCUGCGUUCUUAUGAAGAAAACUGCAGAUCAAAGCAAAAAGGGGAACCCCAUGAAAGGUACUUGGGACUCUAUUAAUGUCAUUGAAGUCAUCCCCAAGGGCAAAGACAAGGCUGAGUAUAGACUGACAUCCACUGUUAUCUUGUAUUUGGAAACUAACACUGAAGCAACUGGAAAGGUGUCGUUUGCCGGUUCACUCACCAGACAGAACGAGAAAACAUUGAACGUUGUUGGGAAGGAUGCGCACGUCGUUAACAUUGGUGAGUUUGUCGAGUCAACCGAAUCCACAAUGAGACGAAUUUUGGACGCCAUCUACUUCUCCAAGUCGAAGGAAAUUACAAACAACUGCAGAUGCCAAAUGGGUUCAUCUCAACAGGCUAAAAUUAACGAUAUUACCAAGGCAAUUAACACUCAACUCAGAGGUAGAAAAGACGAUUAA